CGGCCAUUUUGGAUGACCAGUCAACGUGCGGUCGUGGUGAGCGUCUGGCGCUGGCCUUGGCGAGGGAGAACAUCAACAGUCUGAUGGAGGGCCCCUCAGAGGCGAGGGUGGAGGUGGACGUCUACGAGCUGUCAAAGGACUCCCAGUAUGACACUACAGAAACCAUGUGUCAGAUACUUCCAAAGGGCGUGGUCUCUGUGAUUGGCCCCGCCUCCAGUCCCGCCUCCGGUUCCACCAUCAGUCACAUCUGUGGGGAGAAAGAGAUUCCUCACGUGAAGAUCGGUCCCGAGGAGACGCCGAAGCUGCCGUACCUCCGCUUCGCCUCGGUGACUCUGUACCCGAGUAACGAGGACCUGAGCCUGGCAAUCGGCUCCAUCCUGCGCUCCUUCGGCUACCCGACGGCCAGCCUCGUCUGUGCCAAAGCAGAGU